CUCUGCACCGGGGAAAAACUGGAAGUUUGCGCAGUGGAGUUCAGGACUGAUUUUGAAGUCAAGACAAGAAAACGGCGAUAUCGUAUAGAGUACUACCAUUGUUGCCUUGAUAUUUUUUAAAAAAUAUUUACGAGGAAUAUUAAUUCUUGUUCAUAGUCUGCCAUAUUUAAGAAAAUGCCUCUCAAUACUCAAGAAAUAAUGGAGGCCCUUGCCAUUGUGGCAGAACACGAAAACGUGCAAAUUGCAGUCAGGAAAUCGGUUAGGGGAGGUGUUAUUGCUUGUUUAACAACUAUUUGUGGAGGCCUCCUGGCUGGACGUUUCGGCAUGGCAAUUGGUAGCACACUUGGUGGAAUCACAGCCUAUAUUAUGAGUAACAACUUCAAGCCUCUCCCACAAAUAUUAAUGGAAGACCUUAGUGCUCAGCAGAAGGAAGAAUUGGUUAGAUCUGUUCGGGCUGUCAUUAAUGAUAUUAGAGUAGAAGAUGCAAUUAUGCUUGCGACAUUGAUUGUCGGUAACAGAACUCUGUCAAAAACUGUUCUACAGUUGGUAGUAAAUUUUCUGAGAACUCAGAUGUAGAAGUAACUGGUCCAAGCUAUCUUCGGUAGUGUCAUUUUUCUGUUUAAAAUCAAACAAUAUUAUUGUCAUACAAUGUAGGCUUUCACAGCCAGUGUUGCCUUCAGUUAAUACUUCUGGGCUGAGAGGCCGUGGUCAGUGUAUAAAAUUUCCAUCUAACGUUUCGGCUCCAUCUGCGGGCGACAUCUUCUGAGGUCGUCCGGCUACUGCCACUGAGGC